UGCAGCCACCAGACCUCGUCUGUCCCCAGAACACUUCGCAGCGACUGAGCCCGGCGUAGGCGCCUGGCCAGACGGAGCAGUCCACAGUGGCCACAUCUGUGACCCUUGCUGUCCCUCCCCUGUCCCUGCUGGAUUCCAAAUGGCCUUCUGGUGCUACUGCCUAGUCUACCUCCUGAUAAGGAGUCUCUCUGGGACCCUCUCCAACUCACCAGCUGAAUCAAGGGGCUCCUGGGUCACAGCUCCAGUGGGUCCCGGGGAGGUUGUGGAGACUGCAGAUGGGGUGUGCAAGUUUCCGGGGCAGCACCUGACCUGGUGGCAGGCUCAAGAGGCUUGUGAGCAGAGGUUUGGCCACCUGGCACUCGCGCCCCCUGCUGGGGCCCUGGCUCUACGGCUGCCCAACCCUAUCUGGGUGGGCCAAAAAGAGGGCUCUCUUCGGAGAGCCCCGAAAAGGCGCGCGCUCACGUCGGCCGCGCUGGUGUUCGGGGAGCGGACCGCGGACAGGGCGGCGCGGCUGCUGCGGCCCCUGCCCGCGCUGGGGGCGCUGACUGCGUGCGCGCACGUGCAGUGGGACGCCGCCUCGCCCGACCCCGCGGCGCUCUUCUCCCUCGCCGCGCCCGCGCUGCCCAACGCGCUGCAGCUGCGCGCCUUCGCCGAGCCCGGCGGCGCGGUGCACGCGGCGCUCGUGGUGCGCGGCCACCACGCGCCCUUCCUCGCCGCCUUCCGCGCCGACGGCCGCUGGCACCACGUGUGCGCCACGUGGGAGCAGCGCGGCGGGCGCUGGGCGCUGUUUGCCGACGGGCGGCGGCGCGCCGGGGCGCGGGGACUGGGCGCGGGCCACCCGGUGCCAGCGGGCGGCAUCCUUGUGCUGGGCCAGGAUCAGGAUUCCCUGGGCGGCGGCUUCUCGGCGCGCGAUGCCUUCAGCGGCAACCUCACCGACUUCCACCUGUGGGCUCGGGCGCUGAGUCCCGCGGAGCUGCGGCGGGCGCGAGCCUGCGCGCCGCCAGUCGGCGGCCUGCUCUUCCGCUGGGACUUGGGCGCUCUGGACGUCUUGCCCUCGCUGCUGCCGCCCCUGCCGGUGCGCCUUCUCUGUCCCGUGCCUUCAGAGGAGUGCCCUACAUGGAACCCAGGAUCCCGUACUGAGGGCUCUUCGCUCUGCCUUCAACCACGGCCCUUCCUCUGCUGCUACCGGACAGAGACUUACCAGCGGCUGCAGGAAGUCCCGUCAUGGCCUGGCCAGGAUGUUAUCAGCCGAGUCAAUGCCUUGGCCAACACCACUGUGCUCCUCCCGGACCCUCUCUCUGAAGUCCAUGGACACCUGUCGCCGGCUGAGGCCUGCAUCUUCCUGGGUAUCCUGGAGAGAGUCCUGGCAAAGGAGGCGGCCCCUCUAGGGCCUGCGGCACUGCUGGCCAUCAUCCACUUCCUGAAGAGGGUGACAGCCCUCGGGGUUGAGGAGCCAGACCCCUUGACAGGACCCUGGGAGCAGCUUGGCCAGGGCAUCGUGUCUGUGGCCAGCUUGGUCCUGGAGGAGCAGCUGGCUGGCACGUGGCUCUCAGUCAGUGAGGUGGUCGGCGGCCCCAUGGCCUUGGUGGCAAGUGUCCAGCGCCUGGCACCCGUGCUGAGCACCGUGCUGACCUCCGAGCGGCCGGGACUGCGUAUCCAGCGCCAUGGAGCCGGUCUGGAGGUGCGGAGCCUACACCUGGGGGAAGCCAGCAGAGAGGGCUGUGUGUUCACGAUGCCCCGUGGACAUCCAGAGGGGCCCGGCCACAUCCGUAUCCCCGCGGGAGAAGUGGAGCAGCUCCUCAGGAAAGGCCUCUCCAGAGUCACCGUGAUCCACAGCUGGUUCAGCUCCAGUAUCUUCCAGCACACCCUAGGGGAGCCCGGCCUAGAGCCCCAGACCCCUGACAGCUCAGAAGAGGCGAGCAAGGCGCAGAGGUUUCUAAGCACCCGGCUGGGCUCGGCCGUCAUCUCCUCUGAGGUAUGGGAUGAGACCGGGGAGGUCAGCACAGCCGUGACGUUUCACCUGCAGCACCAGGCCCAGGCUGUCCCCUGCUUGCCACCUACCCCCACGUCCCUCCCAUUUCAAGAGCCCUUCUGUUCCCUGCCCUUCCCCAGCCCGGACACAGGAGGCUCAUGGGCCACCGCUGGCUGCUCUGUGGCCGCCCUGUACGAGGCCUCCACCGCCUGCUUCUGCAACCACAGCACCAACUUUGCGGUCCUGCUGCAGGUGUAUGACGUUCAGAGGAGUGCCGAGGAGGAGUCACUGCUGAGGACACUCUCGUUUGUGGGCUGCAGCGUGUCCUUCUGUGCCCUGGCCACCACGUUCUUGCUCUUCCUGGCAGCCGGGGUCCCCAAGUCAGAGCGAGCCACGGUCCACAAGAACCUUACCUUCUCCCUGGCCUCCGCCGAGGGCUUCCUCAUGGCCAGCGAGUGGGCGAAGACCAAUAAGGUGGCCUGUGUGGCCGUCACAGCUGUAAUGCACCUCCUCUUUUUGGUGGCAUUCUCCUGGAUGUUGGUGGAGGGCCUCCUGCUCUGGAGCAAGGUGGUGGUCGUGAGCAUGCGCCCGGGCCCCCGGAUGGCGCUCUACUACACCACAGGCUGGGGUGUGCCUGUGGCCAUUGUGGCCGUCACCCUGGCCCUGUCUUCCCAUGACUAUGUGGCGGCCGGGCACUGCUGGCUCAACGUGCACACAGACAUCAUCUGGGCCUUUGUGGGGCCUGUGCUCUUCGUGCUGACUGCCAACACGUGCAUCCUGGUCCGCGUAGUGAUGGUCACUGUGGCCAGCGCCCGCCGCCGUGCCCGCAUGCUGAGCCCACGGCCCUGCCUGCAGGAGCAGGUCAGGAUCCAGACAUGGGCCAUGGUGAAGCCAGUGCUGGUCCUGCUGCCCGUCCUGGGCCUGACCUGGCUGGUCGGCGUGCUGGUGCACCUCAGCCCGGCUUGGGCCUACGCCGCCGUGGGCCUCAAUUCCUUCCAGGGGCCGUACAUCUUCCUGGUCUAUGCCGCCUACAACGGGGAGGUCCGGAGCGCCCUGCAGAGGAUGACGGAGAAAAAGGCAACAGAGGCAUUCACGGCCUGCUCCAGCCGCAUGGGCCCAGCGUCCCCCCCGAGGUCCCUGGGUCCCUGGGAGAUGGCUCAGGACAGCCCUGCAGCCUUGGCUCCAGCCCGAAGUCACUUGGCUCUUAGAGGGACCCACAGCCCCAGAAUCCCCACAACCUUCUCCUCCAUUGCAGAACCUGAGAGGCCGGCUGUGGAGCUGACAGCAUUCAAGGUGUCAGGACCCCUGCCUAGUGCCGUGCCAACGCAGCUGCACCCCACAGCUCAGGCCCCCCCAACUUUGACCAAGAUCGUCCCCGGCACACCCUUCCUGCCUGCCUUGAAGUUCUGACAGCCCCAUGGAAGGUGUCGUAAUAAACGAUACU